UCUCGGGCUGUCCAGCCGGGGUGGUUGGUGGUGAGGAUUCAGGCUCGGUCCAAGCGAGGCCUUGGCCUGAGGCUCAGGGCCCCCAGCCCCUCCCUCCUAGCCCAGCCAGCGUCACCCCCUAGCCCCGAGCUGGACCGCACACCUUGGGACACGGUUUUCCACUUCCUAAGGACAAGCCCCAGACUGGAGGAAAAGUCCGAGGAGGUGGGCGUUGGACUCUUCGCGAGGACCCCGGCGGCGGGCCCCGGGGAGGCGGCCGAGGCGGAGGCGGCCGGGGGCGACAUGGCGGAGGAGCAGGACCUGUCUGAGGUGGAGCUGAGCCCCGUGGGCUCCGAGGAGCCCCGCUGCCUGUCCCCGGGGAGCGCGCCCUCGCUGGGGCCCGACGGCGGUGGCGUCUCGGGCCUGCGGGCCAGCCCGGGGCCCGGCGAGCUGGGCAAGGUCAAGAAGGAGCAGCAGGACGGCGAGGCUGACGACGACAAGUUCCCCGUGUGCAUCCGCGAGGCCGUCAGCCAGGUGCUCAGCGGCUACGACUGGACGCUGGUGCCCAUGCCGGUGCGCGUCAACGGCGCCAGCAAGAGCAAGCCGCACGUCAAGCGGCCCAUGAACGCCUUCAUGGUGUGGGCUCAGGCGGCGCGCAGGAAGCUGGCCGACCAGUACCCGCACCUGCACAACGCCGAGCUUAGCAAGACGCUUGGCAAGCUCUGGAGGCUGCUGAAUGAGAGCGACAAGCGCCCCUUCAUUGAGGAGGCUGAGCGACUCCGCAUGCAGCACAAGAAGGACCACCCGGACUACAAGUACCAGCCCCGGCGGCGGAAGAACGGGAAGGCGGCCCAGGGGGAGGUGGAGUGUCCGGGCGGGGAAGCUGAGCAGGGCGGGGCAGCCGCCAUCCAAGCCCACUACAAGAGCGCCCACUUGGACCACCGGCACCCGGGAGAGGGCUCCCCCAUGUCAGACGGGAACCCUGAGCACCCCUCAGGCCAGAGCCACGGCCCACCAACCCCUCCAACCACCCCAAAGACAGAGCUGCAGUCGGGCAAGGCAGACCCCAAGCGGGAUGGGCGCUCCCUGGGGGAGGGCGGGAAGCCCCACAUCGACUUCGGCAACGUGGACAUCGGUGAGAUCAGCCACGAGGUAAUGUCCAACAUGGAGACCUUUGAUGUGGCUGAGUUGGACCAGUACCUGCCGCCCAAUGGGCACCCGGGCCAUGUGGGCAGCUACUCGGCAGCUGGCUAUGGGCUGGGCAGCGCCCUGGCUGUGGCCAGCGGACACUCUGCCUGGAUCUCCAAGCCACCAGGUGUGGCUCUGCCCACAGUCUCGCCACCUGGUGUGGAUGCCAAAGCCCAGGUGAAGACGGAGACCGCGGGGCCCCAGGGGCCCCCACACUACACUGACCAGCCGUCCACCUCUCAGAUUGCCUACACCUCCCUCAGCCUGCCCCACUACGGCUCCGCCUUCCCCUCCAUCUCCCGCCCCCAGUUCGACUACUCUGACCAUCAGCCCUCAGGACCCUACUAUGGCCACUCAGGCCAGGCCUCUGGCCUCUACUCGGCCUUCUCUUACAUGGGGCCCUCGCAGCGGCCCCUCUACACUGCCAUCUCUGACCCCAGCCCCUCAGGGCCCCAGUCCCACAGCCCCACACACUGGGAGCAGCCAGUAUACACAACGCUGUCCCGGCCUUAAAGGGGACCCUAUCGCCACCACCUCCUGCCAGGCGCCUCCUGGGUACCACACCCUCUCCCCAACCUUCGCGUCCUGUUCCUUGCCCAUCUCGGACCUGGCGGUGGCUGUGCAGGAGACUGCAGAGGCUGGCAGCUGAGGGAAGGCUUUCUGUUUGGGUGGCCCGCCCUCGAUGACCCCACCCCGCCCCAUCCAGGCUCCAGCCUGGGCAAAGCCCUGGGCUGCUAGGCUGGGCCGAGGAGAAGGAGGUUGACUGGCAUCCCUAGACUGAAAGACGAGGGGCUGCACCUUCCCCCAGGAAUGACUCUCGACCCCAGGACCUGAGGAGGACCCACUCACCCACCCUCCGUGGGGAGAAAGGGCAUCCAGGGUUGGAUAGGAGUUGGAGGCUUUGCCACUCCUGGGCACGUGUUUCCUCUCUCCUGGGCAGUGAGGGGCUUCACACGACCCUGUGCCACGAUGCCUAGGGGCCAGGCCAACUAGAGACCACGUCAGUGCCUGCAGCUGGCUCUGUCUGCCACUCGGGGGCCAAGGACAGCUCGGAACAGCCUCAUGGGGUGAAGUGGGGCUGGAGGCCCUGUAGGGGUUCUCCAUGUCCCUUCAAUGCCCCUCCUCUCCUGAACACAGGAAGGAGUUGGCACAGAGGCCCCCCAGAUCCAAUUCUGUGCCAAUAACCUCAUCCUUUGCCUAAUGGAGACUGAGAACCCCAGUCCUCCUCCAGGCCAGCCUCCUAGGCCUCGGGGCACAUCCCAGAAGGUGAGGCAGGGGCUCUGGGAAAGCAUUCAGAGACAAUUCAGGGAGCUUCCCCUCUGGGCUCCUGUCCAAUGCCCUUCUUCCCUUAGCCAGGCUCUCUGGCCCCUGCUCUGUCAGCCCCAACUCCUGGGCUCCCUGAAAGUUCUAGCUGCUCAGGCCUAAACCCUGGGUUCCAGGAGGAGGCGCAGGCCCCAGCACCCAGGUGGCUGGCAGCAGGCUGAAGACACUAAAAUCCUGCCAUGUACAUUCUGCCCUUGCCUUUUGCCCAUUGCCUCUCAGUGGUAUCUGAAUAAAAUAUGUAGCUAUAUCUGCCCCUACUUUCCUGUUCUGCAGCCCCCACGAUCCACAUGUAACUCAUUAGUGUCCCCCUCUUAUUUAUCUCAGUAGCCCCCUCCCCUCUUCCAGCUACUCCAGCCCCUAUUAACUCCACAUUAAGCAUUCCACAUAAUAAAAGUAAAGGUUCCAGUUA